UUUAAUGGAGAGGUUUUCAGGGUCAAGUGGGCAUAGCACUGGACUGGCCGGAGCUCCGAAAACGUCAUGGCCUGAAUUGGUAGGUCUGACAGCAGGAGAAGCAGAGAAAAAGGUCAAGGAAGAUUUUCCAAAGGCUGAGAUUCAGGUUGUUCCACCAAACCAUUUUGUUACUAUGGAUUACAGAACAAGUCGAGUCCGAAUACAUGUUGAUUCCUCGGGAAAAGUUGAGAGGCCACCGAGAACUGACUAG